AUGUCCAGCUCGCCAUUUCAUACGAGUCUACUAAAAGACAAGGCCACCCCCAAGUGCGAGGAUGUCAUGGUAUCACGCGAUUCUGUGUCCUGGACUCAAAUGGCAUAUGUGUACAUCAACAACCAGGGCAAUAUUGUGGGUGCUGAUGCCAACCAACGUCAAGAGAGUAUCUUGAUAUCUGGGCUUCAAUCGUGUCACGUCCUGAUAAACACUUUGGCAAGUACUCAUCACCUCCGGCGGCGAUUUUCGAAGAACAAGCCUGAGUUUGAGAUGAACGGACAUGAAGCACCGCCUGCGCUAUUCAUACGGUCCAACAACAACGAUAAAUUGUAUUUGGAAUUGACAUCCCAGCCCCAGUUCAUCUCCAUUCUCUCUUCUUUGUUAGCAUGGCAAAACUUGAGGCCCCAAGGCCUCGCCAAAAAGUGGUUCUCUGAAAGAAAAGGGCAGGAUCCUCAUCAGUCUCCCUCGGACUCCCACGAAUUGCUCGUGUGUCGGUUUAAAAUCUACGGACCUAUCCCGAGCAAGUCAAAAAGCGUACACCUCGUGAGCGGGCCUCGCGCGCCAGGUUAUUUUGAGGAGCUGCAUUCCCCUGGAUCUUCGGGAUUCUCAGCAAGCUCUCUGGCAGAGGGCCUGGUUCCUGAGGGCUGGUUCUAUACCAUGGGAGUACUCAAAUCCAAUGGCAUGCUUAACUUCAUCACUGAACUAGAUGGCACCUUGCUCUAUUCCAUUGACAUAAACUGUGUAUUUUCUUCUGAAAUUCGCCAGGUUCAUCAUUCCAUCUGCCACUCUCCAAACACCUUGUUCAUCGGCCAUAUCAAAGAAUUACGGCUCAACAAUGUUGUGAAGAGCACGACAACAAUCACACCAGAAAACACAUCUCCAAGCUUGUUGCUGAAGGAGGGUCGUCCUGUGGUAAACAACUCGCGAAUUUUGAUCGAAUUCCCUCUACACAUUGAUCUAGAGGACUGGUUUGUGGGUUUGAACUAUUUUUGCAGACGCGAAUACAUUGGGAUUUAUGACGAGAAUUCGAGGUUUUUGACCCCUUGUCAGACUCGUGUUGUUGACCUCGAAGGAACUAUUGAUCCAGGCAACUCUUCUGAGUCUGAAAGCUUGCCACAGAAAUCUAAACCGAAGCUAGCUGACUUCACAAGAGAUCAUCUUCAAGUUUCAAAAAGAGUGACUCUUGAUAUCAUCGAGGCAAACCUUGGCAAUAUUCCAAUCAACAUUGGUUCCGACGAAAAGGUCUACGCAGAAGUACUCAUGUGGGGAUAUCCAUGGGCGCGAACCUCGAUUGUAAACUAUACUCAAAACCCUUUCUGGAAAGAAGAGUUUUCGACUGAUCUUCCGGUUCUGACUCAAAUAUUGCGGAUUGUCAUAAAGCAAUGCUCAGGAAACAAAGGCUACUCACAUACUGAUAGAGUGCUUGGCCAGGUCUACAUUACUCCUGACAUUUUAACUCAAAAACUACGAAACUUGUCCACAAUGAUGGUGGGAACAAACAGUGGAGAUAACAUAAGCGUUCCUUGUCUGCAAUCAGUAUCCAGCAAUUUAGCUGCAGCUGCGAUGGCGGCGCCGCAAAACAAUAAUAUUGUCCGCUUAUCAAUUUAUGACGAAAACAAUUUACCUGUGGGAAAGUUGCUUCUCACAGUUGAUCUCAAGGAAUACUUUAUAUUGCCACCUGCAGAGUUCCGCAACUUAGAAAACAUGUUAUCCAACUGCCCCAUGAAGCAGCUUAUUGAAUUUUGCAACAAUACAGUGAGUACCAGCGAGAUUGAAAAUGUCAGUUUCAUUCUCCUAGACAUUUUUCAAAGUCUUGGGAUUGAAGAGGAAUGGUUUAAAUCGCUUAUUGAUGUUGAACUUGUGGCUGUUGAUAAAAUUACCAGGAGAAAUUAUCAACAAAAGAAAACAAAUCUGGCUCAAAGCACUAACAUUUUUAACACCUUGUUCAGGGGCUCGUCCAUUUUCACAAAGUCAUUGGAGAAAUACAACUUUAGGGUCGGACAAGAAUAUCUUGAGAAGGUGUUUGGUAACUUUUUCGAAAAAAUAUCGACUGAAAACAAGAAUUGUGAAAUUGAUCCAAGGUACAUCCGAUUACAAGAAAAGGCUAAACGAAAACGCAAAACCCUGGAUGAAAAUGCGGAUUUUGAUGACAGCGAUUCAGAAAGCUACGAUUCCGAUGAAGAAAAGCAAGAAGAAGAACGAAUCAAACAGAUUGUUGAAGAAAAUUUUGUGAAUUUGUGCGCUUAUACAAAGGAUAUCUGGUCAAAAAUUUAUCUCACAUCCAAUGACUUGCCCUCACAAAUCAGAAUUCAGUUAAAGAAUUUCAGAACCAAAGUUGACCUUGUGUGUGAUCCGGAGGAUAAAACCACGUCAUUGAAUUGCAUGAGCGCAUUCGUAUUUCUUCGUUUUUUCUGCCCAGCAAUUUUGAAUCCGAAAUUGUUCUAUUUGACAAAAAAUCAUCAAACGGGUCAGGUUCAAAGAACUUUAACUGUAAUUGCAAAAAUCCUAUUAAAUCUUGCUAACAGACAACAAUUUAGCCCCAAUAAAGAGGCCCAUUUGGUCAAGAUGAAUGAGUUUUUGAGAAAUCACGAACACGAAGUACUUGACUAUUUCGAUAAAGUUAGCGGGAGAAGAAACGACUUUAAUGAAAAGAUUUUGGAUUUGAGUCAUGAAAUGAAACGAUUUGACUUGGGAUUGAGCGGAAACUCGGCCUCGAAUGAACUUCCUACCACACCUUAUCUUAUCGAUAAGAACUUACGUCUAACGGAACUAAUCCAUCUUUUGCAACUUAAUGGAAGUUCAUCUCGCCACCUGAGAAUGGCCCUGUCAGCAUCGCUCAAUAGUUUUGCCACCACAAUUAACCUGGAUAUGUCAACGAGACAAAACAGCGUGUCCGCAAGAUCACCACUGCUUAUGAUACAGCAUGAAAGAGUGUCAAGCCUUGAAAGUGGCAAUGAUAUUCGCCUCAAUAAUGACCGAAACGUAUAUCAAAUUGGAUCCCUAGAAUUCGAAAAGUCGGACUUUUUGGAUCUAGCCGGUGAUAAUGAAACGGAAGGGUUCAUCAAGUCGUUGUGCCGAAGCAACGAAGAAAUUUUCUCGUUUAUAAAUUCAAACGUGACACUUAAGGAUCUACAGGUGGAGAGUGCCAAUUUGGGCAAAAAAAUCAAUAUCUUGGCUGAAAGAUUGCAGCAAGCCGAGGACUGCUCCAAUUUGAAACACGACGAUACCCUUUGGGAAGCCUUCGUCGACGAUAUCUUGCAGAGAGCUUGUCUCAACCUUAACAAAAAUUGCAUUGCCUAUUAUGAGCCCGUUUUUCAAGGCGCCCGGCCCCCUAACCAUAAACUUUUGGUCGACAAUGCUCUUUCUGCUGUGAAGCUUAAAAUUACAUCGGAGCUCAAAGGAAACACAUCGGAUACAUUUCCGUCAGGAGCAAUUACGAAUAUGAUGAGGCGUAACACUAAAAACCCAUUCAAAAGGUGGCUUAAGAAAGAAUGA